GGGCCGUCUGGCGACUCGGGAACAGAUUCUGCCGCGGGGGGAGUGAGGACCUCCUUUCCCCGCACCGAGAAUCGGCUGGGGCCGCCACUAAGCAAGUUCGCCCCGGGAGCGGGUGCCGCGAGCCAAGAUGCUCCUCCGGGACCUGGUGCUGCGCCGUGGCUGCUGCUGGCCCUCACUGCUGCUGCACUGCGCGCUCCACCCGCUCUGGGGCUUCGUGCAGGUGACACACGGUGAGCCCCAGAAGUCCUGCUCCAAGGUGACCGACAGCUGUCAACACAUCUGCCAGUGCCGGCCCCCUCCCCCGCUGCCCCCGCCACCCCCACCCCCGCCGCCCCCCAGACUCCUCUCUGCCCCAGCUCCCAAUGCUACCUCGUGUCCCACUGAGGAAAGCUGGUGGUCAGGGCUGGUGAUCAUCAUCGCGGUAUGUUGUGCCUCCCUCGUGUUCCUCACUGUGCUUGUCAUCAUUUGCUACAAAGCCAUAAAAAGGAACCAGGCCAUGUAGGCAGCCGUUUGUGCCCAUCUCCUCCUGCGCCAGGGUGGAAAGGCCUUUCUUUGAUUUAGCAGAACCUCGCUGGCUGGCUCAGAGCGGGGCCAGGCUGGGUCCCCUCAAACCUCCCUAGUAUUUCUGGAGCCCUGCGUGGUGCACAUUAGGUGGGAAGUCUGUGCGGACUGAGAACACUGGCUGCUGCUGACAGGAGCAGCUCCCCACUGACACCUUUCCAGCAGCUGUACUGAGAGCUAACGAACACUUAUAGAGCACUUACUGUAUGCCAGAUGCUCAUCUAGGGGCUUAACACAAAUUAACAUAUUUAAUCCUCCCAACAAACUUAUGAAAUGGACAGCAUUAUUGCGCCCAUUUUAUAGACCAGGAAACUGAGGCAUAGCGAGGUUAACUGGCUUGCCCAAAGUCACACAGCCGGAAAGUGGUGCAGCCGGGGAUUACUGAGUUUGACAUCUGCCUCCUGGCACAUUCGCAGCCUCACCCUCAAGAGCCGGGCAUAGAGGAAGGAUGGAGAAGGGGUUCAAGGCAGACCAUCUCUUGCUGUAGAGAUGGGCUUCCACUGGGCUCCAGUGAUCCCCAGAAGGGUUUUGGGAGUGGGCUGGGGGAGUAGCCCAGGGAGCAGGAUGGUUGGGGGCUCAGCUCCAGGGAAGAUGGGGGCAGACCAAGUUUACUUCUCAGGAGAGCCCCUGGGACAGCCACUGUCUCCCCUCACCAUGCCCGGGCUCUUGGAAGGCUCCCGAGGCAGUGCAGUGCCAGCCAAAAGCUGCUUCUUUGCUGGGUGGAGGCCCUGCCCAGACGCCCCUUUCCUGUCUGGGAAGCUGGCUGAGCUGUGGCGAAGGCCCUGGAGCCGUCUCCCUGCCCUGACCCCAUGUCCCUCCAGCCAGCCCCUCUGAGCCACCGCUUCCCCUCAGGCCCCGGGAAGGCAGAGGAGUCUCCAGCCAGCGGCCUGGAUUUAGAGAUCUCACCUCUUCUCCUGGCAGAAGGAAUCCUUCUCAUUUCCUCCCCUCUCCCUAAAAAGGGCAGGAACUCUGUGCCCUCCAGGUUUUGCCCUUCCAUGUGAAUUCCAGACCCCUUCCAUCUCUUCAUUAUCCACUUUUGAAGGCCUUAAGACUCAUCUCCCCUGACCUGGACCCACUGCAGUUAAUUUUUCAGACCUAGCCCAAGACUGAAUAUUUUUUAGGGAGAAAAGCAGUGUGGGUUUGGGCCCAGAGAUUUUUGCCUCUGAAAAUUUUCUGGAAUCCUGAUUCCAAUGUCCAUUCUCCCCCUCCCCCUUGUAUACUGAUGAUAAAUUUGGGAAUCUCACUUAAGUCCAUUGGUGGCCUCAUGUUGGGGGCGACAUAGGAACUCACUGUAAGAAGAUGCACCCCCACCCCCAAUUUUCCAGGCCAGGCAACCUCAGUGCAUCAGAAAUCAAGCCCGCUCAGCAAGGUCAGAGCCGCUUGAAGCCCCUGGAAAGGGGUGGGUGGGACAGGAGGAAGGGUAAGGGAGACAGAGGGAGAAGGGGCCAAGGCAGAGGUCCGCCCAGAGUCUGUCUGUCAUUUCCACGAGCUCUUCACAAACAAGGCAACUCACCUGAGCCCUUUCUGAGUUCCGGGAGGUGUCUGUGAGCACCUGCAUAAAGGGGGUUUUGGACCCUAGAACAUGGCAAGUGCUGGGUGAAUGCAAAAUGAAACAGGCUUCUUGGAGGACUUCUGAGAACUUUGGGGAAUCUCCAGAAGGAGGGGCGAGGAGGGCCCUCCCAAGCUGACUGGCCCACAGAGCCCAUUUUGGGGUGUGGGGAACGCCUGCUUUAUCACCGGCAGCGGCAGAAUUCUGAUUUAGCAGAAGGAUACCUGGGCCAGGGCAUGGUAGUAGUGGGUGGUGGUCUAGGCCCCAGCACAAACUAGCUGGGGGUCCUUGGGCAAGCCACAGCUCUAUAAGCCUCAGUUUCCCCAUGAUCUGACUCUCAUAACUUCAGGCCUAGAUUCUUCAGGGGACCAUUGUGCGGCGGGAAAAGAGAACGUGUGGCUGAUGAUAGUGUUGUCUCUGAACACUCAUGAAAUAACUGAUAACCACCUCCCAGACCCUCCCUUCCCUAAACUAAUCACAUUGGGCUUGAUUCCAUAGGCAUCACACUAGUCACCAUGGACCAGUCCUUAUGCUGGGUUUGGGGAGGCUCCAGGGACAUUUGAGAAGGCAGAAGCAAUCAGUCCCUGGGUUUUCAACGAUGCGCAUAAAUAUUCAAGUUAGACAACACACUAUAAAGGCCAAUUCAGGCUCAGCCCCAGCAUUACUGGGGAUACAGGAGGUGUCUGAGCAACCACCUCAGGGGCCUCAGAUCCCCCCGAGAGACAGCAGUGUUGUGACACAGGAUGGGGCUACACAGCAUGUGCGGCGCGGACCUGUCAGGAGGCUGUGGCCGCUCAGGUCUGGAGCUGGGGGUGGAAGCCCUCCUCAACCACUCAAAAGAGAAAGUGGGCUUUGAGCCAGGCCAGAAAAUAGCACUGUGAAUUCAGAGUCUUAGCAAGUGGGCAAGAGCCUUCUCAAAGCCUCCCUCCCAGCUCCCCUGAUGCCCUGUGUGCAUAGGAGGAAUGGCUCUUGGGGUUAAAGGGCCUCUGGAAUGAGCUUCAAAUGGCUCAGCAUGAAGGAUUUGAGAACCACUAGUGUGCACUAAGCUAGUUUGGACAUAUACCAUCAUCAUCACCACCAAUACCACCAUUUCUGCCUCCAUCAUCAUUGCCCUACCAUCAACGACACCACCAUCACUACCUACACCACCAUCACUAUUACCACUAUCACCAUCAUCACCACCACCAUUACCAUCUCCACCACCACUUCCACCCCUAUUACUAUUACCACCACCUCCACCCACCAUCACCACCUCCUGUACCAUCCAUGGCAGCACUACUGUCAUCACCUCAAUUACCACCUCCACUGCCAUGACCACCAUCCACUUCAUCACAUUUUCCACUCGCCUUUGACCACACAGAUAAGACUGCAGAAUCCAACCAUGAACACCUCUGCUUUUAACUGUCUGCACCCUAAAUACUCAUCUUCAUGUCUCUUUGCUCAUCAUCAAAGAGAUAAAGCCUGACCAUACAUCAUACUGGGCGGAGUGUGCAUCCUGGUGUGUGCAGAACAGUUCCAAAUCAUGCCCGUUGCCCCUGCUGCAUUAUUCAUAGCUCCCUCUUUCACUCAACUCUGCCCUGGUUUGCUUGACACAUUACAUGGUCACCCUAGUUAAGGCUGUGGUCCAGCUUCUGAUGGACCCCCAAGGAAGCUAACCCAAAACAAAGCCCGGUGGGGUAACUGGGAGGACAUGAGACUCCCCUGCCAGUUAUUGAAAACUAAUGGAUGUCCCUGCCUCCCCAUCCCCUGCCUUCCCCGCCCCUCCACCCGCUCCCAGGAAACCCCUGAGAAAGGAGGAGAAUGGCACCGGUGUCGCUGAGUAUCCCAUGACUUCCUCACAGAGCAGCAAAGGGGUGGACGUGAACAGCGCCGUGGUGUGAGGCUGCAGGCCCAGGACCCGCUGGCCAGAGGGGCACCUUGGUGGCACUAGUGGAUGCGGGAGAGCAGGUGGACACGAGCUGACCCUGGGCUUGUCCGGGACCUCAUUGCCUUGCAGGCCUCGAACCUCCCGAAGGAGAAACCAUCCUCUUCCCAGCCUUGCCCCUGGUCAGCCCGUGGACAGGGGCAGCGGACUCCAGGCUGAGCCCGGCUCACCUGCACGCGGCACCCGGGCAGCACCACGCCCGAGCCUCCCCAGGUCUCAUCCGCAUCCUGUGUUUGGUCUGCUGACUGUCUCCCGGCUGCUGUCUAAAGCACACGCUCUGAGAAGGCAGGGAGCCUGUCUGCUGGGGCAGGGAGGCAUCCCCCUUUAACGAAAAGAAAAGUGGUCCAGAAAACUUCUCCUCUUCCCCAGGAAGCCCGCCUGCUUCUUCCUUGACUAUGCUGUUUCCAACCAAAGCCAUGGGCACAGCCAUCAGAAGUCCCCUUUCAAAGGUGCUUCCCAUACAUCUAUCCACUGCCCCGUCUGCAAUUGUCUUCAGUCUGCAGAGCCCGCCUUCUCCCUCCUGUCCCCACCGACACCUGGGGCCCCAGCUCUGGCCUCCCUGCCCCUGUGGGCUGUGAAGCCCAGCCUGCAGAGACCCCUCCUGACUGAGCUAGGGGGCCCAUUCACACUCCGGGGUCGUGUCUGGCCUUCCAGGGUGGAACCACUCACUGAAUCCUAGGCCAACGGCCUGGGAAGGACAGGGGCCACCACACCUGUUCUCAGACUCGUUCUCUCACCUGACCCUUGUAAGGACCGACAUUUCCUUGUGAGCCAGGCCCUGCCUUCCCCUGGCAGAGGCCACCACUUGUGCCAAACCCACCACAGUCGCUCUGGGCUGGGCCCACCCGGCCUGGUGCUGGGUCGCCCUGACACUCCCCUGAGGCCUGACCAGGUACUCUGACCCUCUCCUGAGAGCCCCCUGGACUCCCUUUAUCCAGAAGGAGGCAGUGUCCUUCGUGUGGCUCCCUUUGAAUGUCUCUUUCUGAGGUCUUGUGUUCUAAAAGUGCCGAACCCUCUGGAGUGGUUGGUGGAUGAAGGGGAGGAAAGAAGAUGGGAGGAGAGGGACCCUUCAGGCCUGGUAACUCCCAUCUACCCGCCUGUUUCCCAGGCGGCCGCCCUGUCUCGCAUCCCCUGGGGGAUGGGGAGAGCACUCCCAGCCCCGUGGUUCUCUCUCCACCCACACACUUGCUCAGAAGGAACCAGACACAGCCAGCGGUUCCACUGUCUGGCUUUGUAGGGACUAGGUGGACCCCAUCUGCCUCUUAAACCACCAGUGUUGUUCCCCAGAGGGUGUUUAGGCCACAGGUGAGACCGACAGACAGAAAACCAGUCCCCAUUUGGCUGAACCUUGAAUCAUCCAUCGUCCCGGAGCCCUAGUGCCCGUGGACUUGUCUGUGUGCCGAGAGCAGGGGGAGAAGGUGAGUGCACUGUGACCCUAACCCAGGUCCUGCCCCCAGGUCGGUGGGUACAGGCUGAGGGCAGGCCCAGGGCAGACCCUUCCGGAAAAGGUUUUUCAUUCUUUUCAGUUUCCCUCCUGUGUGAGGACUUGGUUUUGCUUUGGAUUGCAUUUUGCUGUCCCUGUGCACCUUAGCAUGGGGCCACUUGUGGCCUUCAUCCCCCUCCGCCGCCAGUGAGCACUGUACAGUACUCUUGGUUGACGCCCUCCAUUUCCCAAGGGAGGCAGGGCUGGGGGACAAGCAGGCCAGAGGCUGUGAGUCCCUAACAGGGCAGACCCCCACCUCCUACUGCAGUGCACUUUCCCCCAGUGCCCACAGUCACCUGCUGUGUCCCCCACCUGUUCCCUGAGCAGACACCCCGCCCUAAGCACAGCCAUCCUGGGCUCAAAAGUGAUGAGAGUGCACCUUGGGCCAGAGGGAAGGAUUCUGGCUAAGGGGUCAUGGAGUGCUGUGCAGCCAGGCUAGGGGGACAUUGAUGGAGGCAGGGCACAGCCCAGCUUUGUGCAAACCCACUGGUCCCACCUUCUCCAACCCAGGCUUAAACCUAGGAGGCCCAGAUUUUGCAAUUAGCCUAAUCCUCCAACCCUGGCGAAGCUCCGCAUGAGGCACCCCAGUGAACCAUCCAUCCCUCACACGCUGGGGCCGGUAUCUCCUUCCCUGGAAACACACAGCCAGGGCUCCGGGAAAAGCUAACGUUUGCUCGUGAAUUCCCCCGAAUUGGGUGUGUCAAAUCUCUUCUCACCCAGUUAGUGAAAACCAAGCGAAGAGCCCAGCUUUGCGAAGAGGAUUCACUUGGGAACGAACCCAGAACCAUCCAGUUAGAAGCCAGUUCUCACGGGUGCAGUGAAGGAGCCCUGCUGGAUUUUCAGCUUAAGCCACAGAAGCAUCCAUAAAGCUGCUCCAGCCUGGUAUCUGAGCUUAGAGCUUAUUUAAGGAAUGUAUCUAUUUGCAGCCCCUGAACGAGUACCAAUCCUCAGACUAGUCUGAACUCCCAGGUCCAGAACAAAAUGCACAUUCCUUCUCUGCAUUUCCUCAAAUAGAUAUUUUUCAGCCGUCUCCUAGUCAAGACCAACUUUAGAAUGGCGCAUAGGCUCUCGCAGUUUUCAGGUGUUCCUUAGACGCUUCCAAAGCAAGUUUUGAAAGAAAGACUAAUAGCUGUAAAAAUAUAGACAUAUAUAUUAUACAUAGUUAUAUAUAUUUAAAGAGAUACCUAUAUAUAUACAUGAACUGUACUCUCUGAAUCUGUACAAAGUAUGAUUUAAGCAGCCCAGGUAGUGUGAGGCACCUAAUGCAUGAAUGAACGUGAAUAUCCUGAGACCUGCCUUCCUGACAGUGUGCUGCGCGCACACGGGAAGGUGGCUCAUGCUCCCAGGAGCUCCAUCUCAACGGACAAAUAGACACUUCGGUGCCGUCUUGCCCACCAACAAGCCACUGAUGUCGACUUCGUGCUGACAUGUUGCACAGGAGGCAGGACCUGCAGCGUUGGGGGUGGGCUGUAUGCUAAUUACUGGGAAGAAAGCACCAUGCCUUUUUUAUUUUCAAUAAAAAUACACUUAUAAA